UUCUUAUAAAUUUACUUCUUUCACUGCUCUACUCACAUUCACUGUCGUUUGCUCAGUUUUUCUUGGCUAUUAAGAGAUCGAAAUUUCAGAGUUUAUAAUAUUGUUUGAGAGUGCUUCAAGUUGUAUCUGUGUAGUCCAUAGUAACAUUUGAGAGUGCUUCAAGUUAUUUCUAGUCCAUACUAAUAUUUGAGAGUGUUUGAGUUUCUCAGUUAUUCAAAAAGAUCAGUUAUGGCAUCUGCUUUGGUUGAUGUUGUUGUUGAAAAAAUUGGAGGGAUGAUCAUAGAGCAGAUAAACAAGGAGGUUUCACUUAUCUGUAACUUCAGAAAUGACUUUCAAUGGCUGAGCAAGAAGCUCACAAAUGUAAGAGGCUACCUCACAGAUGCAGAUGCCCAGAGUGCAAACAAUGAGUCCGUGAAAAGCUGGCUGCUGGAAGUUGCAGAUGUUGCUUGGGAUGCAGAGGACAUACUGGACGAAUGUGCUGUUCAAUCUAGAGGUACUAAUAAUGAAAGCCCCCAAUCCUCUUGUGUCUGUGCUUUCAGUUAUUCUCAAUUAGUCUUUCGCUAUAAAAUGGCACGUCGGAUUAAGGACGUGAAAGAUAGGAUAAGGUCCAUCAUGGUAGAUGUUGCGGAGCUGAAGCUUGUUAAGGAUGUGACUCAUCCAGAGCAACCCUCUACAAGUACAUCUCAGACUGUAAACUUUAGAGGGUCAAGUGUAAUAGAGAGGGGUUCACGACCAGUGGCUAUUGAAUCAAAGGUUGAAGAAGUCCUCAGCCUACUAAAUAACCGUGCCGCUCCUGUCAUUGCCGUCGUUGGUAUGGGCGGCGUUGGGAAGACAUUUCUGAUGCAAAAUGUUUUCAAUAGAAUAAAGGAUAAGUUCGAGAAGUCGGUCUGGCUUUCCAUUUCUCAGGCUUACUCCUUGAGAAAGUUGCAAGCUGACAUGGCGUGGCAAAUAAAAUUGCAAGCUGGCGAGGACUUGGAAAUAAAGUCGCAAGCUGACAUGGUCAUUAAUGGACGGAUAAGUGAGGUGCACGCAGCACAGUGGAUUCUUUCUUGUUUAACAAACAGAAGCUCUCUCAUUGUGUUGGAUGAUGUGUGGAGGGCAACUGGGGAAGAUGAUUUGAUAUCUGCACUUGGCCUUCCAACUGUGGAGGAUAGCCGUUGCAAAAUUGUGGUGACAACACGAAGCAGACAUGUGAGCAGCAACAUGAAUGCCCGUGUUUAUGAGGUGCACCCUUUGUCACAACAAGAGAGCUGGGAGCUCUUUUGCGCUUUUGCCUUCCCCGACUCCCAGAAAAAUCAACCGCCACAACAACUUGAAGGGAUUGCUCGACAAGUUGAAGGCGAGUGCGGAAGAUUGCCCCUAGCAGUUAAAACAGUGGCAGCAUCUCUGGCGGGCAAGAGAUUGUCAAGGGAUUGGGAAACCAAAUUGGGGCAACUCAGAGCGGCGUCGUCUACCGAGGACUCCAUUAUGCAGAUUCUAAAGUUGAGUUAUGAUUCUCUCCCUGUUUAUCUUAAACCCUGCUUUGCAUAUCUGUCUUUCUUUCCCGAAGAUGAGGAAAUAAAUUCCCGCUAUCUCAUUAACCUGUGGAUAGCAGAAGGAUAUAUUCCUCAAGAAGAGGACCAACACCAGCUAGAUAUUGGAUGGAAUUAUUUAUGUCAUCUUCAUAGUCUGUGUCUGGUCGAGAGAGUAGGCGACAUGGAUGUCAUGUAUGAUCAGGGAUGGGGAAUGUUCAAGUUGCACGAUUUAUUGCUUGAUUUGGCCAUCAGUAUAGGAAAAGAAAGUCAAUGUGCAUUUAGUGUAGAUGAAUCCUUCAGAAAAGGUCCAGCUGUGCAAACAAGCAGUAGUUACAGGAGGAUUUUAAUGUGCAAGAAAAGCAUAGUUGAUGGUGAUGUAGAUGUAAUGGCAAGCAACAGGGCAUAUUCUGCAUCACGUCUUCGCACUCUCUCUUUCUCACAAAAUAGAGGCAUUCAAAAGAUUCCGGCAAUCUUGCUUAGUGGUGCGAGAGUAUUGCGUGUUCUUGAUCUAAGUGGCACUCAAAUCUCCUCAUUGCCUGCUUGUGUUGGAAAUUUGAAGCUCCUCAGACUUUUGAAUUUAAGAGGGACAAAUAUUGCCGAGGUGCCCGAAUGUGUAAAAAGCAAUACGAGUCUUCGAUUCCUUGACAUUUCUAUUUGCGAGAAUCUAGAACAGUUGCCUGAGUGGAUUGGUGAGCUCAACUUCCUGGAACAUCUAGAUUUGUGGGGCACCGCUCUGAAAAAAUUUAAUGGAUCGAUGCCCAAGGGACUAUCAAAACUUGUGUCUUUACAAGUACUGAUAACAGAUAACGACAACAAACUAUCUGUUCAAGACGAUGAAUUCUUAAGUUUGGAGCAUUUGGUCAAUUUGGUCAACCUCCGUGAAGUGCGGAUAGGAAUUCGUCACGAGGCUGAAUUUAAAAGCAUAGAAGAUGGGAUCCUUUCCAUAUUGGUGAAGAUGCGUACUUUGAAAUUAAUCAACACUACUGGAGUUAAUCUUCCGCCUCUGUCAGAGAAAAUGUUAGCUAUGAAGGAUCUUGAAUUCCUUAGGCUAUGGGGGUUUGCAGUGCCGAAUUGGAUAUGUGGCUUCUCAAAUCUGAUGCAAUUGGAGUUAUAUGAUUGUCAUUGUGUUGAAUAUCCUGCACUAGAAAUGAUGCCCAACUUAAUAAAGUUGGAGAUAUGGGAAAAUGAUAUAUGCAAGGCAUUGCCAAAAGGGUUCGGGAAGUCUAAGGGAUUUCCUCAGCUGCUUUUCUUAGAAAUUAGGGGUUUUUCAGUGUUAGAGGAAUUCUUAGAAUUAGAGGAUGGAGCAAUGCCAAAUCUUGAGAUACUAAAUGUAUUUCUUUGUCCCAAUUUGAAGAAAGUUCCAAGUGGAUUGGAGCCCCUGCGAAGUUUGAAAGAGUGUCACUUUCGCAAAACAGGAGUGGAUGAUAUGUUGAAGGAGGGUGAGGAAUUAUGGAACAAAAUGAAAGUCAAUAAUUCCAAUGUCAUUAAUAAGACAGGUUGAUGAGGUUGUGGAGGUUGUGGUAGUGAAAUGGAGGCUGAAUGUAUUUUUAUAUUUUUUUCUUAUAAUGUAUAUUAUCAUAUGUCAAAUCAAAAUUAUUUAUAGAAUAUUUUAUUGGAUAAUUA